AUGUGGUCAUCAUCCUUUCUCUUUGUGGCCAUCGCAUGGCUAAUCGCCGUCAACGCACAAAAAUAUGACCCCGGAGACAAGUAUCCGAAGCCUGGUCGGCCAUUGGCACACAUCACCGAACGACACAACACAUGUGGACAAGAAGGGAUGGCAGGCGACUACUCAGGUUAUAUAUCAAUAGCAAUCGAGAGCAAACCUAAAGAGAAAAUCCAAACCGGGAAACAAGUCCCAAUUAAGGAACAUGCAAACAUGUUCUUCUGGUUCUUUGAAGCUCGACACAAACCCCAAGACGCGCCCGUCAUCCUCUUCCUAAACGGCGGCCCCGGAAUCUCGUCCAUCUACAGAGUCUUUGACGGCAGUGGCCCUUGCAACAUCGACUGGCAGGGCAACAUAGGCCCUAAUCCUCACAGUCUCAACGAGUACGCCCACAUCCUUUACGUCGACCAGCCAGUCGGCGCGGGCUUCUCCUUUGGCAAUGCCAACUUCACCGACAACCUAAAGGCAGCAGAAUACCUGUAUCAAUUCAUGCAGCACUUUUAUUUCGAGUUUCCCCAAUACCGCAAGAAUGAGUUUGGCAUCUGGACUUCGGACUGGGGCGAUACUGCUGGACUUGCCCUCGCUGAGAGGAUCCUCAAGAAGAACGUCGGCCUCACGUGGAUGAGCGUGGGUCUGGAGGGCGAGCUCCCGAUUAGACUCUCCAUGAUGGGUUUGGAGAGUCCCAAGAUUGAUCCCCCUUCACAGCUUGCACACAUGUACAUGUACGUGGCCAAGAACCCGUGGCUCUAUGUCCAAUCGAUCGAAGAUGGCGAGGAUGCUCUCCGGGAGUACAUGGACACACUCGAGGCCGAUCUAGUAGCGUGCUCCGAGAGGAGAAAGCAAGAUUGCAAAGAGGAGUUGAAGGGUUACAGGCAAGCCCUCCGUAGCUCGACAACCCCGGACGGGCUGCGGACCGAGUUUGACUUGUGGGACCUCCGAGAUGCUCGGCACAAUUCUGACAGAUCUCGCAACAUCGGGAUGAGAAUAACACCAGCAGCAAAAUGGCUGAGUAAUGCCAAGACGCAAGCACAUCUUGGAGUGACGGGCGGGAAGCUGGCGCGCGAACCCAUCAGGUUUGAGCCAUGGAACAUACAAGUGCUCAAGUCCUAUUCAGCAAACCAAGAGAUCAUUAGGUCCUGGAGGAAGAGUCUCAGAUACGUCGUGCACUCAAAGAUAAGAACUAUGAUCGUUGGCGGUGAUGCCGACGUCAUCGCGAACCCUCUCGGCCUCCGUUGGCUCUCGCAAAACGUGACCGUGGGAAUCAAUCGCACGUUUGAGGUUGAGCCAUUGGUCUGGGACUCGCAGAGCUUCAAUCCUGAGCGGCAGAAUCGGAAGCUGACUAACCCAAGACGUUAG